CUCUCUCUCUCUCUCUCUCUCCCUCCACUCCUCUCACUCUAUAUUGCCUCCCCAAUCUCUAUAGCUGGCUGUGAACAUAAGAAUGACUGUGGCUUGAUCUCAGUCAAUGUUACAUGCAUCAACUGCAUCUUCUUGAAAUACGGAUAUAAUUGACAGCUUCAAUGUCUGAACACCAAUCUACGUUCAUUAAUGAUCAGCUCUCAAGGAAAACUUCAAUCUUUGGGUUGCACUUGUGGGUCGUUCUGGGUGUCUGUGUUGGAGCUGCCAUUGUUCUUAUUCUCUUCCUCAUCUCUCUGUGGUUCACCUCAAAGCGAAACAACACACACAAACCCAAGCCAUCUCAUCAACACACCAUCCCAAAUGUGUCAAGGGACAUCCAAGAAAUCAGAAUCGACCACGCACGUACUGAUCAUUCAAAUGGAAACCAUGCCAGAGUCCAACCCAACUCUUGUCUAGAAUUGGAACAAUUCACUGGGGUUGAGAGACAAGCUCUGCUGUUGAAGCCAGAUGAAGAAAACCCAAUUGGGUAUCCGAGAAUUCACAUUGAGAUUGGAAAGGAUCAUAGGAUUGUCUAUCCUGAAAGGUUUGGAGGGUUGUGUUCACAUGGGUGUAAUGGUGAGACUAGAUUAGGUGAUCAGGUGGGUAUGGCGGUUCCUGAAGUUUCACAUUUGGGUUGGGGACACUGGUACACUCUCAGAGAGCUUGAAGCAUCCACAAAUGGGUUUGCCGACGAGAAUGUGAUUGGUGAAGGGGGUUAUGGAAUUGUUUACCAUGGUGUGUUACAGGACAACACUCAAAUUGCUGUCAAGAACUUACUCAACAAUAGGGGACAAGCUGAGAAGGAGUUUGAAGUUGAAGUUGAAGCAAUAGGCCGAGUUAGGCAUAAGAAUUUAGUGAGGCUGCUAGGCUACUGUGCUGAAGGAGCUCAUAGGAUUCUUGUUUAUGAGUAUGUAGAUAAUGGGAACUUAGAGCAAUGGCUUCACGGGGAUGUAGGGUCUUGCAGUCCUCUUACUUGGGAUAUCCGGAUGAAUAUCAUUCUGGGAACAGCAAAAGGGUUAGCUUACCUUCAUGAGGGACUCGAACCCAAAGUUGUUCACCGCGAUAUAAAAUCAAGCAAUAUCUUACUUGAUAAGCAGUGGAAUUCCAAGGUCUCUGAUUUUGGACUUGCCAAACUCCUUGGCUCGGAGAGUAGCUACAUCACAACCCGUGUGAUGGGAACAUUUGGCUAUGUUGCUCCGGAGUACGCUAGUACGGGUAUGUUGAACGAGAGAAGUGAUGUAUAUAGUUUUGGGAUUCUCAUAAUGGAAAUCAUUUCGGGGAGGAACCCUGUUGAUAAUAGCCGGCCUUCAGAUGAGGUGAACUUAGUUGAUUGGCUGAAAAGGAUGGUUGCAAAUAGAAACCCGGAGGCAAUUUUGGAUCCCAAGCUAUCAGAAAAGCCUUCUACAAGGGCAUUGAAGCGGGCUCUUUUAGUAGCUUUACGCUGUGUAGAUCCAAAUGCACAGAAGCGACCGAAAAUGGGGCACGUGGUACAUAUGCUUGAAGCUGAAGAAUCUCCCUUUAGAGAUGAUCGAAGAGCUGGGAGGGAGCCAGGGCGUGCACAUCAAGACAGUCCAAAGGGUGGAUCGAAGGAGAAGCACCAGACAGAGUCAGGUGACAACAGUGGGUGUGAAAGUGGAGUUCAUGCCGAUGGUUCAUGAUGGAGAAAGGAAGGAUUUCAAGAAGAAAAACAGUGAAAAUUAUCCAACUCAAAUAAUAGUUGAACUGGCACAUUUCUACCAUUUGGCUGUCUCUCUAUAUUGAAGGUGGCCUCCACACAUCCUUCCAUACUAGUGUUGCCCAACCUUCUGUGUAGCUGCUAAUGUUUACAGCAGCACAAUUUAAGUAUAGCUUUAUAAAUGAUUUCAACCAUACUUCUCAAUUGCUUUCUUCUCUAGAUUAAGAGAGGGUAUAAAGGGUGAGCCAUAAUUUGUAUUUGUGAAUGACUUAUUGUAUUUUAGUCGAUCCUAUUUAAUGGAAGAUCAUAUCAGUUCUUUG